AGCUGCAGCCGACCCAUGUCCAGGGCCCUGCCCUUUGCUCUGCAGCUUUUCUAAGUCCCUAGGCUCUGGAGAGUGGGCGUGGGAGUAGCCCUAGCUGAAGCUCCAAGGUCCUCCCGGCUGUUUAGGGGGCCCCAGGCGAUAGCCACGUUCGGAUCCUGGCUAGCUGCCAGGGGAGGGAGCUUGGGUUUCAUUUCCUCGGACCCUCCUGCCUGGGCCGCAGCGGCCGCCGCGAUGCCCAGCAAGUUCAGCUGCCGAAAGCUCCGGGAGGCUGGCCAGAGGUUCGAGAGUUUCCUGGCCGAACGGGGACUGGACCUGGAGACAGAUCGCGAGCGGCUGCGGAUGAUUUACAACCGCGACUUCAAGCCCAGCUAUGGGACCCCUGCCCCUGGCUUCUCCUCCAUGCUGUAUGGAAUGAAGAUUGCAAAUCUGGCCUUCGUCACCAAGACUCGGGUCAGGUUCUUCAAACUAGACCGCUGGGCUGAUGUGCAGUUGCCAGAAAAGAGGCGAAUAAAGCCAGGGUCGAAUAUCAGCAAACAACACAGGUCACUGCUGGCCAGGAUCUUCCAUGACAGGAAUGAGUAUCUUCAUGGGAAACAUGGGGUGGACGUGGAGGUCCAGGGGCCCCAUGAAGCCCGAGAUGGGCAGCUCCUUAUCCGCCUGGAUUUGAACCGCAAGGAGGUACUGACCCUACGGCUUCGGAAUGGAGGGACCAAGCCUGUCACCCUCACUCAUCUCUUUCCACUCUGCUGGACACCCCAGUUUGCCUUCUACCACGGUGAACAGGACCUGCCCUGCCCAUUGGGCCCAGGUGAAAGCUAUGAGCUCCAUGUCUACUGUAAGACCGGCAUUGUGGGAUACUUCCCAGCCACUGUCCUCUGGGAGCUGCUGGGGCCUGGGGAGCCGGGAACCGAGGGAGCCGAAACGUUCUACGUCGCCCGUUUCUUGGCUGCCGUCGCACACAGCACCCUGGCUGCACAGUUGAAACCCACAACUCCCUACAAACGCACCCCUCGGCUCAGUAGAAACCCUGUACUGACCAACCGGAUAGAGGAAGGAGAGAGGCCUGACCGGGCCAAGGGCUAUGAGCUAGAACUAAGUUUGGCCCUGGGGACCUACUACCCACCCAUCCGCCUCCGGCAACUGCUCCCUACCCUUCUUCAAGGACCAAGCAUUUUCACCUCCCCAAAGGAUGUUGCUGAGAUCAAGGCCCAGCUGGAGACAACCCUGAAGUCCAGGAACUAUGAGGUGAAGCUCCGGCUGCUGCUGCACCUGGAGGAGCUGCAGAUGGAACAUGACAUCCGGCACUAUGACCUGGAGUCCGUGCCCAUGACCUGGGACCCCGCGGACCAGAAUCCGAGGCUGCUUACACUGGAGGUUCCUGGUGUGGCCGAGAGCCGUCCCUCAGUGCUACGGGGUGACCACCUUUUUGCCCUUUUGUCCUCUGAAACCCACCACGAGAACCCUAUCACCUACAAGGGUUUUGUGCACAAGGUGGAACUGGACCGUGUAAAGCUGAGCUUUUCCACAAGCCUCCUGAGCCGAUUUGUGGACGGGCUGACCUUCAAGGUGAACUUUACCUUCAACCGACAGCCCCUUCGGGUCCAGCACCGGGCCCUGGAGUUGACGGGCCGCUGGCCGCUGUGGCCCAUGCUUUUCCCUGUGGCCUCCCGUGACAUCUCGCUGCUGCCCUCAGAUGUGAAAUUCAAGUUGUAUGAUCGCAGUCUGGAGUCGAACCCUGAGCAGCUGCAAGCCAUGAAGCACAUUGUGAGGGGUACCACCCGGCCUGCCCCCUACAUCAUCUUUGGGCCUCCAGGUACUGGCAAGACUGUCACAUUAGUGGAGGCCAUCAAGCAGGUAGUGAAGCUCUUGCCCAAAGCCCACAUCCUGGCCUGUACUCCAUCUAACUCUGGGGCUGACCUCCUCUGUCAGCGGCUCCGGGUCCACCUGCCCAGCUCCAUCUACCGUCUCCUGGCCCCGAGCAGGGACUUCCGGAUGGUACCUGAGGACAUUAAGACCUGCUGUAACUGGGAUUCUAAGAAAGGAGAAUAUGCAUAUCCCGCCAAAAAGCAUCUGCAGCAAUACCGGGUCUUAAUUACCACCCUCAUCACUGCCAGCAGGUUGGUGUCAGCCCAGUUUCCCAUCGAUCACUUCACACACGUCUUCAUCGAUGAGGCUGGCCACUGCAUGGAGCCUGAGAGUCUGGUGGCCAUAGCAGGACUGAUGGAUGUCAAGGAAACGGGCAAUCCGGGAGGGCAGCUGGUUCUGGCUGGGGACCCUCGGCAGCUGGGGCCUGUGCUACGGUCACCUCUAGCCCAGAAGCAUGGACUCGGCUACUCUCUGCUGGAGCGCCUGCUCACCUACAACUCCUUGUACAAGAAGGGCCCCAAUGGCUACGACCCCCGCUUCAUCACCAAACUGCUCCGCAACUACAGGUCUCACCCCACCAUCCUGGACAUCCCUAACCAACUGUACUAUGACGGAGAGUUGCAGGCCUGCGCAGACGUGGUGGAUCGAGAACGGUUCUGCCGCUGGGAGGGGCUGCCUCAACAGGGCUUUCCCAUCAUCUUCCACGGUGUAAUGGGCAAGGACGAGCGAGAGGGCAACAGCCCAUCCUUCUUCAACCCUGAAGAGGCUGCCACAGUGACGUCAUACCUGAAACAGCUCCUGGCCCCUUCCUCCAAGAAGGGUAAAGCUCGCCUGAGCCCCCGAAGUGUGGGCGUCAUCUCCCCGUACCGGAAGCAGGUAGAAAAAAUCCGUUACUGCAUCACAAAACUUGACAGGGAGCUUCGAGGACUGGAUGAUAUCAAGGACUUGAAGGUGGGCUCCGUGGAAGAGUUCCAAGGGCAAGAACGGAGUGUCAUCCUCAUCUCUACCGUCCGAAGCAGCCAGAGCUUUGUGCAACUGGACCUGGACUUUAACCUCGGUUUCCUUAAGAACCCCAAGAGAUUCAACGUGGCUGUGACCCGGGCCAAGGCUUUGCUCAUUGUAGUGGGCAACCCACUCCUCCUAGGCCAUGACCCGGACUGGAAAACAUUCCUGGAGUUCUGUAAGGAAAACGGGGGGUACACUGGAUGCCCCUUUCCUGCUAAACUGGACCUGCAGCAGGGUCAGGACUUACUCCAAGGCUUGAGUAAACUCAGCCCCUCUACCUCAGGGCCCCGCCAUCACCAGCAUCUCCCCCAAGAUGGUGAAGGGGGCCUGCCUUUACAAGUGGAGCCAGAGUGGAGGAAUGAGCUCUGAAGACACAGCCGCCCUGCCUUCUCACACCAGCCACGCCUUACUCCUGCCUGACCCUGACCCCAGC